UCCUCUGUUCGGCGCGAUGCGUUCCAGUGAUGUCACAGCGUACAUAUCGUGACGCCGACGCAGGGGAUUCGCUGGGCGCAGCGUAUGGACGCAGGCAACCUUAUUUCUUUCAGCACACUGAUGACUCCAGUGCUUGGACAUCGUUUUUCCGAGCAACAUUGAUUUUGCCUUUCCUGGCUACACCUCAGCUACUUCUUUGGGAACCGUCAUCCUGUGAACAACUACUAUCAACUAGACGCCACCUGACCCACCAGUGUUAUGGAGUGAAGCGGCUAAUUUCAUCACCUGCGCUAACCGUCAUAUCUGCUGAUUAUUCUUCAACAUCUUCCUGCAGCUGACGCCAAGCCACAAGACCCGCCCCACCACAGGCCGGCACAUCCUGCUAGUAAUCACCGGCUCCCAUACUACACCUUCACUAGUCUCACUUGUAUCCAGUCGAGGGUGCACUGGUGGGGGAGCUGUAGGGGUUCUCUUCCUCAGCAUCCGUGGUUCCUCCCGGUUCGCUCCCUACCCAGGACACACACGGCCUGAAACAGUGGAUCAUCUUCACUGAAAACUGCAAGUCGGGGAACCCAGCUGCACCCACCAGCAAAUGCUGCUCCCCCGCUCUUGGAUACACUUUUAACAAAGAGAUAAGGGGACGUUCCUAGAGCCUGGAGUCUGUUUAACCACUAGGUGGGCGGUGUGGAACCCAUUUCAGCACCAAAGAUCUGGAGUCCGUGGGAUAUCAUUUGUGUGAUACUCGGUUGGAUUUCUGCGACCCCCAUCAAACCAAGAACAUCAUCUUCCUAAAAGAACUGGAGGAAAUCCUGAUACUACAAGUAAAAGCCAGGAGUGGCCAACUAGACCCCGAAUCCCUGCUGGACAAUAUUCUCUCGGAUCUGGAUUCUAGUACUCUGCAUGUUCUGACAGCUCUGACUCUAACGCACCCCCUGCUCACCUCUUGGAAAUGGCUUUAAAGAUGAAGCCCAUGAAGAAGGUUCUGAAGACAAAAAAGGAGAGAAACCUGCACAGGAAUCUUCAGUUGAACACAAAGCAAGAAACCCAGAUACGAUUGGCUGCGCUGCAGAAGGCGACUGAGUUACAGAAAACGCUUGCGAAGAUCAGGACUGCGUCUCCCAAACUUCCCAGAGAGGAUUUAUUCUGGAUUCCGGAUAACAAAAAGGUGUCCGUUGUGUAUCUGGUCUUCAACCCCGAUGGACAAGUCAUUUCCACCAAGUCUCACACGUGUCUCCGGAACGAAGGCAUAAAGGACAUUUCCAACAAUAUAGGUGGGAAAGAUCCGGUUCCUGAUUCCAAAACAGCCAAGAGCACCGAAAAGAAGACCGAGAGUUUAGACCUUGAUCCAGAUUCGCGUUCGGAUGCACAAAAUGAGCCGGUGGAUUCAGUGAGCAGAGGUUCUGGGGGAAGCAGCGCAAGGAAAGAGGAGAAAUCAUCACAACCAUUCAUUGUGCUGAGCCAGGACGAGUAUGCGGAGCACCAUUCCUCCAUCAUGCACUGCAGGGUCGACUGCUCCGGGUGCCGGGUGUCUAGUCUGGAUGUUGACGGGGUGAUUAAAAUCUGGUCUAUUGAUGGCAUCAUACAGACAAAAGCUUCCGCCAUCUCCAAGUCGGCUCUGCUCUCCCUGGAAUGGGCGACAAAGAGAGACAGACUGAUGGGUUGCAAGUGGACAGCCAGACAAAACUGCCCAAAUGAGGAUUUCUUUGUCCCCAGUGCUGUCUGAGGACCACAGAUAUAUUUGAAUAACAUCAUAAUCCGUGCCAUCAGCCUCAUGAGUUGCAGCCAAUGAUUGGCCAAAAAGGCAUCCAUCCAUCCAUUUGCCUAUACCUGAGCACAUACACACUAGGUUGACAACCAUCUCAUUGAGGUCAACCUUUCCAAGGUCACCCAUCCAGAGAACAAGAAAACAAAACCAUGAUAGUUCUAAUUCUAUGAGUUGGGAACCAAAAUUGGAUCUCUGUGCAGUUCAUGUGGGUCUCAGUGAAGUUCCUUCUACACCAGUAUUUAAAAUAAGGCACAUCAUUACUUCUGAGCCAAUGCUGGGGUCACAACGCUUACUCCAACUGGGUCCUCUAAGAAACCAUUCCCUGCCAACCCAACUGCCAAUUCAGCCUCAUGAGUUGCAGCCAAUGAUGCCCAAAAUGGCAUCCAUCCAUUUGCCUAAACCUGAGCACAUACACACUAGGUUGACAACCAUCUCAUUGAGGUCAACCUUUCCAAAACCACCCAACCAGAGAACAAGAAAACAAAACCAUGAUAGUUCUAAUUCUAUGAGUUGGGAACCAAAAUUGGAUCUCUGUGCAGUUCAUGGUGGGUCUCAGUGAAGUUCCUUCUACAUCAGUAUUUAAAAUAAGGCACAUCAUUACUUCUGAGCCAAUGCUGGAGUUGCAACGCUAACUCAAACUGGGUCCUCUAAGAAACCAUGCCCUGCCAGCCAAACUGCCAUUUCAGCCUCAUGAGUCACAGCCAAUGUUGCCCAAAAAGACAUCCAUUUGCCUUUACCCUUUGCACAUAAACACUAGGUUGUCAAUUAUCUCAUUGAGGACAACUAUCCAAUUGGGCCUCCAUACGGUUCAUAGUGGGGCUCAGGAAAGUUCCUGCUACAUCAGUAUUUGAAAUAAGGCACAACUAUCCAAUUGGGCCUCCAUACGGUUCAUAGUGGGGCUCAGGAAAGUUCCUGCUACAUCAGUAUUUGAAAUAAGGCAAAACCACCCAACCAGAGAACAAGAAAACAAAACCAUGAUAGUUCUAAUUCUAUGAGUUGGGAACCAAAAUUGGAUCUCUGUGCAGUUCAUGGUGGGUCUCAGUGAAGUUCCUUCUACAUCAGUAUUUAAAAUAAGGCACAUCAUUACUUCUAAGACAAUGCUGAGGUCACAACACUAUCUCCAACUGGGUCCUCUAAGAAACUAUUCCCUGCCAGCCCAACUGUCAAUUCAGCCUCAUGAGUUGCAGCCAAUGAUGCCCAAAAAGGCAUCCGUCCAUUUGCCUGAACCUGAGCACAUACACACUAAGUUGACAACCAUCUCAUUGAUGUCAACCUUUCCAAAGUCACCCAUCCAGAGAAUAAGAAAACAAAACCAUUCACAUGAUGAGUCUAAUUCUAUGAGUCACCCAUCCAGAGAAUAAAAAAACAAAACCAUGAUGGUUCUAAUUUUAUGAGUUGGGAAGCAAAUUUUGGUCUCUGUGAGGUUCAUAGUGGGUCUCAGAGAAGUUCCUGUUACAUCAACAUUUGAAAUAAGGCAGAUCAUUACUUCUUGCCCAAAAAGGCAUCCAUUUGCCUAAACCUGAGCACAUAAACACUAGGUUGACAACUAUCUCAUUGAGGUCAACCUUUCCAAAGCCACCCAUCCAGAGAAUAAGAAAACAAAACCAUUAGCAUGAUGGUUCUAAUUCUAUGAGUUGGGAACCAAAAUUGGUUCUCCAUACGGUUCAUGGUGGGGCUCAGUGACGUUCCUGCUAAAUCAGUAUUUGAAAUAAGGCAGAUCAUUACGCUAACUCCAACUGGGUCCUCUAAGAAACCAUUCCCUGCCAGCCCAACUGCCAAUACAGCCUCAUAAGGGGCAGCCAACGAUGCUGCCCAAGAUUUCCAGAACCUUUUCUGACGGGAACAUUCUAGCAUUUUAGUCACCGAUAUUCCAUCAUUGGAAACUUUCAACAAGAAAACCUUAUUCGUCUGUGCUCAAGUUGAUGCUACACAUAAUAGAAAGACAUAGGCUUGGAGGUCCUUGGGGAAUUUAUUUUUUGCUUCAUUCAUGUCAACAAUGAGAAUCUAACAAGCUGGAGAUGGCUGGACCACCUUGGGGGUGAAGUAUGAAGGCACAGAAUGAAGAAAUCUGAUGCAUGGAGACAAUUCCAUUUCUAAGGCUUUGCCAUUUUGUAUCUACUGUUUAAAUUUCAUAUUGUUA